AUGAUGAAACAGGAACUUCUUUCGUCCUCGAUUGAUAAUCAAUUCUUGAAUGACCAAGUGUUCAUCGGAGUGAGUGGAAUGAUUGGCUCAGGAAAGACCACUCUUGCAAAAGCACUUGCUGAAAAGCUCGGAAUUGGAGUGCAUUAUGAACCUGUUAUUGAUAAUGAAUAUUUGGCAGAUUUCUACUCUGACAUGAAGACUUAUUCCUUCCGUUUGCAAGUUUACCUAUUGAAUAGAAGAUUUGAACAACAUCAAAAGAUUAUUUGGGGAAGUAAUGGAGGUAUUCAAGAUAGAACCAUCUAUGAAGACACAAUUUUUGCAAAAGUGUUAAUGGAGACAGGUAUGAUGGAAAAGAGAGAUUAUGAUACCUAUGUAUCAUUGUUUAGAAACAUGUCAAAGUUCAUGAAACACAACACAAUGAUCAUACAUUUGGAUGUGAGCCCAGAAAAAAGUUUGGAAAGAAUCAAGUUGAGAGGAAGAGACUGUGAGAAUGGAAUCACUUUGGAAUAUCUUCAAAAAUUACACGCUGGUUAUGAAGAAUGGUUAACUAAAAUUUCGAAAAUUAUUCCAGUAAUUAAGGUGAAUUGGAGCGAAUUUAGAAAUCUUGAGGAUGUGUUGGAUGAAGUUUUGAAGGCCUACAAUCAAAUUCAUAACAUCCAACACGUCACGUGGCAACAAGAGCAUUAA